CGUCAAGGUCGUUAAAAACAGCGGCCGCAGUCCAAAAGAGCAGCCCAAAGAAGAGAACACUAAGAAGGCUUCGAGAGGAGACAAGUCGGAGAGGGCUGCUGCUAUCGUGGCGACGGCUCGCUUCAGCCCCAGAAAACUUAGUUCUCUUCAGGGGAGUUCACCCCGAACUUCCUUCAGUACAACUCCGAGAACCAAGCUGGUGGCCACGUUCUCCGGCCGAACAAACACUGACACCAUGAGGACAGAUCUGAGGGGCAUUGUCUCGCUCAGGUCAGGGGACAUCAUUGUUAUGGACUUGCAUUUUCGUAAUAAAAGGCUGAAGAAGUUCAGUCCUCGAGGAAAGCUGAUAUCUGUGGUGGACACGGGUGAGUGUCCGUAUGGAAUGGCACUUAUACCAGAUAUGGACCUGGUGGUGACGCACCCUCGAUCGCGCGAGUUUGUGUUCGUGGCGGCCGGAGGAACGUUGCAGGUGUCCGGACGAAUCAAGACACACAAAAGUUAUUACAGCCUUGCGUCCUCUGCGGCCAGCGGUCUACUUGCUGCAGUGGCAGCCAGUCCUCCUGAACCGACCUCCAUAGACAUGAUUUCCUUCGAGGGAGAGGUACUCAAGACGAUUUCCCUGGAUCGAGUUCGCUUUCCCCUCCAACCAAAAGACAUCUUCUUGCCCCCAUCAGGAGACGUUCUCUUGCUGUUCGGCGCCAAAGAAGCUCUAGUAUGCCUGACAGAAGAUGGUUCCGUCAGGUACAGUACCCAGCAGCACGACAUGAAACGUCCCGUGUCACUGGUCGGCGACCUGUCAGGAAAUGCGUACGUUGCCGACACUGAAGCCAGUAAAAUUCACGCCAUAACUGCCGACGGCAAAUAUCGCGGAGAACUGCUGUCUCGGAAAGAUGGGGUGCGAGAGCCACUGGCUUUGGGUGUGAAUGACCAAGGUCAAAUUCUGGUAACGCAGACAAAUGGCGACGUCAAAGUGUACAACCUUUAGAUGUCAAACCUUGUAGACGAUAGUUGCCAGCAGUGACUAAUCACAUUUGCUCCAUUGCUUGCAAGAUAUUAAGGAUGAGGUAAACCAAAGUAACAAGAGCUUCACAGAUACAGAUCAAUUUUAUGGAAGGAUGAUGAUUGAUGAUGAUUAUUAUUAUUAUUUUCAUUGUGAUCUUAGCUUUAGAUUGUCUGCAUUCCCAGUUCAUAACAUUAUUUUUUUGAGGCAUAAAGAAUGAAAAACCACACACACUCUGUUUUCAUAGGCAAUCAUCUUCAGAAUAACAGCGUGAUAUGGACAACAGAUGCAUUAAGCUGUGACCAAACUGUACAGAUAAUAAUACAACCUUUAUUUUGAUAGUAAAUAAUAAUAAUAACAACAACAACAAUGCAAAAUUUGUAAAGCGCAUACUCACACUCCUAAGGAGUAUGCUCUUAGCGCUUAAGAACAAGAACGAAACAUGGAGAGCAUAAGAGACAGGAAAAGAAAUCACAUGAACUAUAAAAGAA